CUUCCUAGAGCAAGAUAAUCCGGAACAGCAACAUUGAGGAAUCUAAACCAACAGAUCAUUCAACGCUGCACCACUGAAAUUAACUGUUUUGAGGUCUUAUGAACUGGAGUACAUUAGUGUCUGGGGCUGGUGAACCAGUAUACUCAUACUAAUGCAAACUGCAGGUUAAGAUGUCAUUAUGGGUGGCACCUUUGGGACGAGGUGUGGACUGCCUGCAGUCCUGCUUUGUCUGGCGGCUCUCCUCUGCGCCAAUCUGCUGCUGUAUUUCUACCUAGAUGCCCUGUAUCAGGACAAUAACCCUCCUUCAGCACACACACAGUGCCCACUUCGCCACUUUAAAGUGGGCACCAUGACCACCUGUACCCCUUGGCUUCAGUGCCCUGCGAUUCGUGCUGAGGUCCGCCGUGUGAAACUCAUUGGACAAGGGGCUGUGAAGAAGGUUUAUCUGUCCGAGUGGCGAGGGCAGAAGGUGGCGCUCUCCGUCUUGUCAUCGGAGCAGUAUACAGAUGAUUUCCUCCAUGGACUGUCAAUGCUACGUGGCUUGCAGAGCGCCCACGUCGUGACGCUUGUAGGGGCGUGUGAAGAGGAUGGAGUGUUUGUUACAGAGUAUCACCCUCUGGGAUCAGCACUGACGCUCGAUGCCACCCUCGCUCAAGACCGAUAUCGCUGGCGAAACUCCUGGCACACUCGACUGCAGCUGGCCAUAGACUACGUCGCCUUCCUGGCGUACCUGCACAGCAGUCCGGUGGGCAUCCGAGUCAUGUGUGACUCCAACGACCUGCAAAAAACUCUCAGCCAGUUUCUGCUCGCGUCCGACAUGCGCCUGUUGGCCAACGACCUGGACGCGCUGCCUGAGGUGGAGAGGGGACGUCGAGGGGUGAAGUGCGGUCACCAUGAGCUCACAGGGGACUUCGUUGCUCCUGAGCAGCUGUGGCCUUACGGCGAGGAUGUGCAGUUCUCAGAUGAAGCCAUGCCUGGCUACGAUGAAAAGACGGACAUCUGGAAGAUUCCAGAUGUGACACGUUUCCUAUUGGGGAGUGUCCUGGGAAGUGACGUCAUCCAUUUCCACUUGUUUCAGAUCUACACGGAAUGUAGGAGGAAGGAGCCUCACAUGCGGCCGACGGCGCUUGAGGUCCUCAGUGUGUAUCGCUCUGUCUACGACAGCAUGACAGAGACUCAAUCACAGAGAGUUAGAGACAUGUUGUAGAGAUGGGGAUAGUUCAACCAAAAAUGAAAAUUCUGUUCUGAUUUACUCCAAACCUGUAUGACUUUCCUUUUUCUGUGGAGCACAAAAGAAGAUAUUUUGACAAAUGUUUCUUAUAAUGGAAGUCAGUGGUCACCAAAACUCUUCUAAAUAUUGUGUUUUGUGUUUUGUGUUUGAAAGUCAGUAAUACAGGUUUGGAAUAAAUGAGAACAGAAUUUUCAUUUUUGUGUGAACUCUCCAUUUAAGUUGGAAAUAUAACACUGCAGCGCAAUGGGUUUUGUCCAUAGUCUGUAUAAAAACAGGUUUUGUCAUAUUACAUUGAAGAAUAUGCAGCAAAUGUAUAACAGCAACAUCCAGCAGAGGAUGAGAUGCAGCAUCUCAGGGCUUGAGGUCUGAAUCCAGCUCAUAUUCUUACUUAAGCUGAGUCUAAGACAUUUUGCAUAACUGUACCUCAUAAAAGUUCUUUUCAGAUAAGUGAAUAGAACUUACCUCACUGAUGCAGUGAUUGAGUACGUGUGGAUCUUAUUUUAAUUUGAAUAAGAUAUUGAUCAUUCUUAAAACGAACCUGCUUUUUGUUCUCUUUCAGUAUUUGGAAGCCUUGAAUAAAUCAUUUUCUCAAGAA